CCCAUCUCCCCUCGCUCCUCCGUCGCAACCAUGGCCCAGACCCCGUCCUGGUUCAUCCCCGAAGCCAACAUCACCAACUGGUCGGCCGGCCCUUUCUCAGCCGGCGGCUUCGGCGAGGUCUUCAAGGCAGACUACUUUGGCUCCCCCGUCGCAGUCAAGCAGCUCUAUCGCAGCUUCAGCCAGAGCGAGCUCCUCGACUUUCGGCGCGAAAUCAGCAUCUGGUAUGGCCUGAACCACCAGCACAUCCUACCCCUGUUCGGAGCCUGUGACCGAGGCACCACAGGCGGCGCCAUCCGGCCCUUCAUGGUCUCGCCUUUCAUGAGGAACGGAAGCCUUCACGCCUAUGUCGCCAGCACGUCUCAGCCCCCCAGCUCGCUUGACUCGAGGCUUGCACUCCUCUUCCAAGUCGCCUCCGGAAUGGCAUAUCUCCACGACAAAAACAUCGUCCACGGCGACCUCAAGCCUCAGAAUAUCCUCCUCGACCACGGCAUGCAGGCCGUAGUUGCCGACUUUGGCAUGUCUCGGACAAGGCGCAGCUCCAUGAGUGCUGGUCGAGGCCAGCCAAGCGGCGGCACCCUGGACUACAUGGCACCCGAGAUGUUGGAUGACGAAAACCCGGCCGACUCGAGCAAGCAUACCGACGUCUAUGCCUUUGGUACCACCAUGUACGAAGUCCUCAACAGCGGCAAGCCCAUCUGGACCACCCAGAGCGGCCAGCCGAUGAGGGAUAUUGUCAUCGUUCUGCAAGUCACCAGUGGAAAUCGACCCAGGCGGCUGCCCGACAUUCCCGACAACGUCUGGUCUCUGAUCGAGCGGUGCUGGCAUCAAGACCCAGCGCAGAGACCGACUCUCCCAGAGAUCCUUGCGUCGCUGGCGGCAUACCGGGACGUGCCCGUCCCUGCCCCCGCCAGGACCUUGCCGUUGGAGUCUGAGCCGCCGAAUGGUACCGCUGGUAUCAGCGCGAACACAAACGGUAUCAACGGCGGCACUUAUGAAGCCAGCACCAGCAGCAACAGCAACGACCGCAGCAGCAUACACGACACCAGGAACCACAUCCCAGAGUCAAACAGACAACCUCCGUCGACGGGCAGCAGCGAGCCAACGAUCCAGACCGGUCCCGCGCCGCCGCCGUUCGAGCUGAGCGCUGAGCUGUUCCCUGACGUCCCUCACGAUAUCCUUCAGCGGGUCCAGAGAGGCGAUGCCGCUGCGGGUAUACAGGCGGCCAAGUGCAUUUCCGAGGGCAAGGCAGCUUCCGACCCGGCUUGGACUCAGGCCGCCCGGUUCUUCCAGUGGGCAGCCGAAGCGGGCAGUCUGGAGGCGGCAUAUUAUCUUGGGUGGCUGUCGCUGACGGGCAUCGGCAUCCAACAGAGCCUUGCCGAUGCGAGUGCCAACUGGAGCAAGGUCCGAGCCCAGUCGACCGACCCUAUCCACAAGCCGAUUGCGACACAUAUGCUGGGCUGGCUCCACUACCUUGGCCUUGACGUGGCCCAGGACACCAGGCGAGGGCUUGAGCUCAUCCGCGAGAGCCGAACCGACGACUUUAGGCUCGGCGAACACGAAUGCUUCUAUCCAGUGCUGGAAUCGUGCAGCAGCCAAGCCGCCGUCGAGUUCUUCAACCAGUGCCGACUUGGAUCGGAGCGUUUCUGGCUCUGCAAGCAUCUCGUCGCGUUCUGUUAUUCGGGCGGCACCGGCACUGCCAAGGACAACCGCACGGCCGCGAAGCUCUUGGAGCCGCUCGCCCGCAGCGGCCACAGCGUCAGCCAGAACCUGCUGGGCGAGUACUUCCGCGCUGGAUAUGGCGUCGGCGCGAACGACGCGACGGCCGCCCGAUGGUUCCGGCUGGCGGCCGACCAAGGAGAUUCGUACGGACAGUGGAUGCUUGGGUUCUGUUGCCUGAACGGCUACGGCGUGCCCAAGGAUAGUUCGGCGGCCGUGGCACUGUUCCGCAAAUCUGCCGAACAGGGCAACAGCUACGGGCAGCUCUAUCUGGCCAAUCGCUACUCGGACGGCAACGGAGUGGCCCGGAACACCGAGACAGCCGUCGAAUGGCUUCGCAAAUCAGCCAACCUGGGCAACGACUUUGCGAGGCAGAGGCUGGAAGCACUUGCGAAUCUGAAUGGCUGCAGAUAGCAGGAAGGAUGUGUACUCAACCAGCCGGAAGCUAACAGCGUUUCCAUAAUGAAACGGGACACCCCGUUUUGAGCCAUGACAGGGUUUUUUCUGUGACCUGAAUACACCCACCCACUCAUUGCAAUCAUGGCC